GAGCUUACUUAAUAUUGUAAACACUCUCCCCACUACCCUACACACGUUUUAUGUACAAAACGGUCUAAACUGAUAAAUGUUUGUAGCGAGUCUGAGAACUUGUGCACCAGUUGGAUUCCCUUUAGUAUGACUGCGACGCUCCUUGGGGUAAGACGCUCAUCCUUUCGGAGGCACGCCGUUGGCUAUGCUAGCAGCGCAGUGUAAUAAAAUCAACGACAAAAGUCCACCGCCCCUAGCAGACGCCGCCGUGGGUAAAGGUUUUCACCCUUGGAAACGUUCUCCUCCCAUCAUGAGUGCUCCCUGUCCUAUAACACUUAACUCUCAGAGAAUGUCAGCUUUAACUAGCUCUCCAAACUGUUCCUCGUCGGGAUACUCAUAUGCUAGAGGUACCACUAGUUCUAGUUGUACGGGUACAGGUUACGGAAGUGACGUUUUAUACCCUGUGCCAAGUACGCAUGCGCAAACGGAUAAUACUCAGUCAUCUUUACUACACAAAAUGCAUUGUGAUAGCGGAUUAAACGGUUCUUCACUGAGUUCGAUGUAUUCCCGGGUGCCCGGGGUCACCGCACACCCUUAUGAGUCAUGGCCGUUCAAUGUUGCAGGCGGUAAUACUCACGGUAUCAAAACAGAAAUGACGUCAUCAGUCAAUCAUGCAUCAUCAUGGUGGGAUAUGCAUUCGAAUCCGUCCAACUGGCUGACGGAUAUGACUGGAACUGCUUCUGGACUUCAUUCACAGAUAUCAGCUAACUAUUCCGGUUCUGAGUAUCCGUUGAAUCACCCUCUCAGUUCGGGAUCCGGCCCUUUUCUAUCGUCGGGUCAGCAUCUUCUGCAAGACUCUUACAAAUCAAUGUUACCCACACAAGGUGACAUUGGUGCGUCAACGGUGCCGAACUUCCUAUCACGUCCCGCAAUAUCCGGAGUUCCUGGAUCGCGUUCAUCAAGACGUUACAGUGGUCGGCCCUCUUGUGAUUGCCCUAACUGUCAAGAGGCUGAGAGACUCGGACCAGCUGGUGCUCAUCUUAGGAAGAAAAACGUUCAUAGUUGUCAUAUUCCCGGAUGUGGAAAGGUUUAUGGGAAAUCUUCUCACUUAAAAGCUCAUUUAAGAUGGCACACAGGCGAACGCCCUUUUGUGUGUAACUGGCUUUUCUGUGGAAAACGUUUCACGCGCUCGGACGAGUUACAGCGCCACUUGCGCACGCACACCGGAGAAAAAAGGUUCGCAUGUCCCGUAUGUAACAAACGGUUCAUGCGCAGUGAUCAUUUAGCUAAACAUGCAAAAACCCACGCCGAAGGAAAGUCGGGAAGUGGUUCCGACUCCGAGAACAGCAAAGACUCCUCCAGCCUAAAGACAGCUAAGCCACCUAUUGUACCCGGAUCUACCAACCAAGGAAUGAACAGUCUACAAAUAAAGAAUGUGGCCAUGAAAUAGCACCGAUUGAUAUUUAAGUUACAUUUUGUCUUUUCCUCUGACGUCAUAGGUGAUUGUUGGACAUUCUGUAUUGAAUAUAUGUGCUUUGAGUAUUCAUUUUCAUUUGUGAAUAAAUUUAUAUACUCUA